GAAACAACUCACAGCAGUGAAAGUCACAAAAUCUCUUCUCUGCUUUCACCUAAAAAGAAAACCCUCCACUAACCCAUCAAGCAGAAACAUCCCAACAGCCGCUUCUCUAUGCAGAGCCUCCAGCCAGUAUGGAGAAGUCCUCCGAUGUCCACCCCAGUCACCCUCCAAGAUCCAGAAUGACACCCAGGAAGGAGAGGGAGAGGGGAGCCCUGGUGCCUCCCAGAAGUCACCGACAAAGACCAUCGAAGACAGGCCGGGUCCCUGAGGCACCACCAGUGAGGAAAGAGAGGCUACAGAAGGAGAAGCCAGAGACAAACAAGGUGAAAGUGGAACAGGAGACAGAAAUGAAGGUGCCAUCCACUGUGGUUGACAUCGACAAUGUGAGAGAGGAUGAGGUGAAGGAGGAGAACCUGGGGCUCCUGGAAGCAGCAGAGCAGGAGGACGGUCUAAAGCGCAAGAACCUGGGAGUGUUUGAGUGGCUGCUGAUGGUCUUCGUCUUGGUGCUGGUUCUCCUCUUCUUCCCUUUGUCCAUCUGGUUCUGUGUAAAAGUCGUGAGGGAACAUGAGAGAGCUGUGAUCUUCAGACUGGGUCACCUACUGCGUGGAAGACCCAGAGGACCAGGCCUUCUUUUCUACCUCCCACUCCUAGAUGUGUGUCACAAGGUCGACAUCCGACUAAAAAUGCUGAAGGUUCCUCCUCACACGGUGGUGACAAAGGACUUGGUGAGGCCAGAGCUGAGUGCAGUGUGUUAUUACCAGAUAGAGAAUGUGGCUUUAUGCAGUGCAGCUCUGUCUCAUCUAACCCCAGUGCUGCAGACUCUGGUCCAGGCAGUGAUCAGAGACAUUCUCGCCCAACACACAUUCAGCCAUAUCCUGCUGCACCGGAGGAACAUCGGACAGAAGAUACAAGCAGGCGUCGACUCUGUUGCUUGCCGCUGGGGCAUCAAGGUGGAGAGAGCAGACAUAGACGAGCUCAGUUUUCCUGUGGAGUUACAGCAGAAUCUGGCUGCUGAGGCUGAGGCCAAGAGACAACACCAGGUCAGGGCAAAAGCAGCAGAAGGGGAGAGAGAUGCAUGGGAGGGGUUCAGGGCUUCCCUCCGUCUCCUCCAUCCUGCCCUGGUCCUUCCACUCCCCCCAGAUCUCCUCAGUGUGACCCCUGACCUUUCAUCCUUACCACCCCCUCCUCCUCCUGCUAUAGAAGGAGAGGGAGGGAUGACAGAGACAGACUCGCCAAUGAUGUGACAGACUGU